AUGAGGACAGAUGAGGAGGACACAGAAAGGGACGCAGAAGGGGACGCAGAAGGGGGACACAGGAAGGCACAGGAGGAGGGCACAGAAAGGGACGCAGAAGGGGACGCAGAAGUGGGACACAGGAGGGCAGAUGAGGAGGACACAGAAAGGGACGCAGAAGGGGACGAAGAAUGGGGACACAGGAGGGCGCAGAAGGAGGACGCAGAAACAAGGCUAAGAAAUGUGAUGCCGAAGAGGGAGAGUAUAGAAAACGGCGAACGGAAAAACGAAGAGGGAACGGAGAAGAUGGGACGCAGGAGAAGAAGAUUGAAAAGCCGAAGGGAACACAGAAGAUGA